CCGGGGAGGAGGCCGGGGAGGAGCGUGCGCCGGGCGGCGGCGUGGGCGCGAAGUGAAACUCCUGGAAGUUGCGGGAGCGCGGGGAGCCGCGGCGGCCGUCCGCGCGCCCAUGGCUUUAAGCAAAGGGCUGCGGCUGCUUGGGCGGCUGGAGGCCUCGGGGGAGAGCAGCAUCCUGCUGGAGGCGCGCGGCCGCGGGGACUGCUUGCUCUUCGAGGCCGGCACGGUGGCCACGCUUGCUCCAGAAGAAAAGGAGGUCAUUAAAGGCCAGUAUGGAAAGCUCACCGAUGCUUAUGGCUGCCUGGGGGAGCUCAGGUUGAAGUCCGGUGGCACCUCCGUGAGCUUCUUGGUUUUGGUGACGGGCUGCACAUCUGUGGGCAGAAUUCCAGAGGCCGAAAUCUACAAAAUCACCGCCACCGACUUUUACCCACUUCAGGAAGAGGCCAAGGAGGAGGACCGCCUCACGGCCUUGAGGAAGAUCCUCAGCUCCGGGGUCUUCUACUUCUCGUGGCCCAGUGAUGGGUCUUGCUUCGACCUCACUGUCCGGGCACAGAAGCAGGGCGAUGACAGCUCCGAGUGGGGCAACUCCUUCUUCUGGAACCAGCUGUUGCACGUGCCCCUGAGGCAGCACCAGGUGCGCUGCUGUGACUGGCUGCUGAAGGUCAUCUGCGGGGUGGUGGCCGUCCGCACGGUGUACGCCUCUCACAAGCAGGCCAAGGCCUGCCUCAUCUCCCGUAUCAGCUGCGAGCGCGCCGGCGCUCGCUUCCACACCCGAGGCGUGAACGACGACGGCCACGUGUCCAACUUCGUGGAGACGGAGCAGACGAUUUACAUGGAUGACGGAGUGUCGUCUUUUGUUCAGAUCAGAGGCUCCGUUCCGCUGUUUUGGGAGCAGCCCGGGCUUCAGGUGGGUUCCCAUCAUCUGAGACUCAACAGAGGCCUGGAAGCCAACGCCCCUGCUUUCGACAGGCACAUGGUGCUUCUCAAGGAGCAGUACGGGAAGCAAGUGGUCGUGAACCUGCUGGGGGGCAGAGGUGGAGAGGAGGUGCUCAACAGAGCCUUCAAGAAGCUGCUCUGGGCUUCUUGCCACGCCGGCGACACGCCUAUGAUCAACUUUGACUUCCAUCAGUUUGCCAAAGGCGGGAAGCUAGAGAAAUUGGAGAACCUGCUGAGGCCACAGUUGAAGCUGCACUGGGAUGACUUUGAUGUGUUUGCCAGGGGCAAGAAUGUAAGUCCACGUUUUCAGAAGGGCACUUUGCGGAUGAACUGUCUCGACUGCCUGGACCGAACCAACACGGUGCAGAGCUUCAUCGCCCUCGAGGUCCUCCACUUGCAGCUCGAGAGCCUAGGGCUGAAUUCAAAGCCCAUUGCCGACCGCUUCGUGGAGUCCUUCAAAGCCAUGUGGUCUCUGAACGGGCACAGCCUGAGCAAGAUGUUCACGGGCAGCCGGGCCCUGGAAGGGAAGGCCAAGGUGGGGAAGCUGAAGGACGGGGCCCGGUCUGUGUCUCGCACAAUCCAGUCCACCUUCUUCGACGGGGCGAAGCAGGACGCCAUCAGGCUGCUGCUGGUCGGCGAUGUCUACGCUGAGGAGGCUGCGGACAGAGGAAGGGUGCUGCUGGACAAGCAGGCCCUGCUGGUGACUCCCAGGAUCCUGCGAGCCAUGUCGGAGCGCCAGUCGGAGUUCACGAAUUUCAAGCCGGUGCGCGUCACCGUGGGCACCUGGAAUGUGAAUGGAGGGAAGCAGUUCAGGAGCAACCUGCUGGGGACUGCCGAGCUGGCCGACUGGCUGCUGGACGCGCCCGUGUUUUCCGGAGUCUCUGGAUCCCAGGAUGACAGCAGCCCAGCCGACAUAUUUGCCGUGGGGUUUGAAGAGAUGGUGGAACUGAGCGCGGGGAAUAUCGUCAACGCCAGCACCACCAACAGGAAGAUGUGGGGUGAACAGCUUCAGAAAGCCAUCUCACGCUCUCAUAGGUAUAUCCUCUUGACUUCGGCGCAGCUGGUGGGCGUCUGUCUUUACAUCUUCGUACGUCCGUAUCACGUCCCCUUCAUCAGGGACGUGGCGAUUGACACAGUGAAGACGGGCAUGGGGGGAAAGGCGGGGAACAAGGGCGCCGUGGCCAUCCGCUUCCAGUUCCACUGCAGCAGCUUCUGCUUCAUAUGCAGCCACCUGACGGCCGGGCAGUCCCAGGUGAAGGAGAGGAACGAGGACUACAGCGAAAUCACCCAGAAGCUGAGCUUCCCCAUGGGAAGAAACAUUUUUUCUCACGAUUAUGUGUUUUGGUGCGGCGAUUUCAACUACCGCAUUGAUCUCACCUACGAAGAAGUCUUCUAUUUUGUUAAACGCCAAGACUGGAAGAAGCUCCUGGAAUUUGAUCAGCUACAGCUACAGAAAUCAAGUGGAAAAAUUUUUAAAGACUUUCACGAAGGCACCAUUGACUUUGGACCCACCUACAAGUAUGACGUUGGCUCUGCUGCCUACGACACGAGUGACAAAUGCCGCACCCCGGCCUGGACGGACAGGGUCCUGUGGUGGAGGAAGAGGCAUCCUUUUGACAGAACAGCUGGAGAGCUCAACCUUCUAGACAGUGAUCCGGACGCUGACACCAAAGUCAGACACGCCUGGUCUCCUGGGGCCCUCAAGUAUUACGGCCGAGCAGAGCUGCAAGCGUCUGACCACAGACCCGUGCUGGCCAUCGUGGAGGUGGAAGUUCAAGAAGUCGAUGUGGGUGCUCGGGACAGGGUGUUCCAGGAAGUAUCCUCUUUCCAGGGCCCCCGGGACGCCACCGUCGUCGUCAACCUUCAGUCGCCCACCUCCGAAGAGAAGAACGAGUUUCCCGAGGACGUGCGCACGGAGCUCAUGCAGACCUUGGGUACUUACGGGACGAUCCUGCUUGUCAGGAUCAACCAAGGGCAAAUGCUGGUGACUUUUGCAGACAGUCACUCGGCGCUCAGCGUCCUGGAUGUGGACGGAAUGAAGGUGAAAGGCAGGGCUGUGAAGAUUAGACCGAAGACCAAGGACUGGCUGAAAGGUUUGCAAGAGGAGAUCAUUGGGAAGCAGGACAGCGUGGCCUCCGUGUCCCCCACCGCCAACUCGUGUCUGCUGGAGGAAAGCUUUGACUUCACGAGUCUCGACUAUGACUCUGAAGGGGAUAUUCUCGAAGACGAAGAAGAGUAUUUGGCGGAAGAGCUGAGCCAGCCCGGGGCCUCAGAUGGUGAAGCGGAGGGAGACGAGCCCGCCGACGCCCCCAGCUCCACGGCAGUGGCGCCUCCCAGCCGGUCACCAGCACUCACCAAAAAGAAGCAGCAUCCAACCUACAGAGAUGUUGCCGACCUGGUGGUGUUAAAGCAGGAGCUGGGAGCAGCUGGGGACUUCCGCCACCGCUCUCCAAGUCGGUCUCUGUCGGUCCCCAGUAGGCCUCGGGCACCUCACCCACCGCAGAGACCCCCCCCUCCAACUGGUUUAAUGGUGAAAAAGUCAGCCUCGGAUGUGUCCAUCUCCUCUGGCACCCACGGGCAGUAUUCGAUUUUGCAGACAGCAAAACUUCUGCCAGGAGCACCUCAGCAAGCACCCAAAGCUAGGACUGGGAUAAGUAAGCCUUAUAACGUCAAGCAGAUCAAAACUACCAACGCUCAGGAGGCGGAAGCAGCAAUCCGGUGUCUCCUGGAAGCCGGAGGAGGUGCCCCAGGAGAAGCCCUAAAUGCCACAGCCUUGAGGGACCAGGGAUCUUCCAAACCAGAGCCCACAGCGGCUGUGGCCCCACUCCUGCCCCGUCGGCCUGCACCCAGAGUUCCUGCCAUCAAGAAGCCAACCUUGAGGAGGACCGGAAAGAUUGUUUUUUGCUCUCGCUCUCAAGCUUCUCAGCCUUGCUUGCUGCUUCAAAGACAUGAGUUUGUCAGGACAGUAGCAGCCCAAAGACUGGCACCUCUAGAGACAUCUGGAUCUUCCGUUUGAGCUCAGUGUGCCAGUCACGGACACCGGGUAAUCCCUUGGCUGGUCAUUACAGAGUGGCUGCUUUUCCACCUGUAGAAAGCAUGAGCGUGGUUUGGGUGCGUGGUUCUUGCAGAGCCUGCUUUGUGUUUUCUGGGUUGCUCGCUGUCCCACAUCUGCACAUUCAUCUGCCUGUUUUCCACGCCUCCUUACGCAACAGACCUCUUUCCUCCUCUUCUCUAUUCUCACUUUGUCUUCAAAGCCAGGGGCAGAAACGGAUUCAGUUUCCGCACCCACUGCACAGGAGCUGCAGUCAAAGGCUGUCGGAGAAAGGGUUGUUUGUGCAGCUACUUUUCUAAGGAACCAGUGGAAAUACUGAAAUGCGGAUGCUUAAGCUACCGACAGCCAGCCGUGUGUGUACAAAAGCUUCCUCUGGCCUCAUGCAGUUGUUUUCUUUGUGAUCCUUUUGAAUCAGAACCAAGGAAGUGAAGUUCCUGUAUGAAAUUUUCCAUUCUUCUAUAUUUAAAUAUCAAAGAUUCAAGGAGCAAGUAUACCCAUUUGUCCUUCUGUUAGCUUAAUGCCGUGACAUGAGCUGCUUCACCUUAGUGUGGUACAGACUGAAUUAUCAAAGCUGCGGCCUCGAAGAAAAGUUUUCAGAGAGGUUCGCUGUUAAUAAAGGAAGAGCAUCGGCCCGUUUCCUAGGUAACAGAAACUUGUUUCAGAUUAUUCACAGUGGCCCUGGUUUGAAAGCUCCCACUCAUAUUUCAUCUGACCUGCUGGUCCUCCUUGAUACGUGUGUUUCUCCCAUGCUCCUUCCUGCCUGGUCACACCCCCGCGUCCCAGACAUUCUCAAAUCCUGAAUUUGCUAGAAUGUCCGCUUGUCCCUCCUCUGUUCGCCUGUGGACAGCGUCUGUGUGCUCUGAUUCCCAGCUUCCCGGGGCGGGCUGC